AUGCAUUUCACAACAGCCGCGCCCUCGGCGCUGCUAGCGACCCUGCUCGCUGCGCCGCGACUCGCAUCCGCCUUCUACCUCCCAGGUGUCGCCCCGACGUCAUACAAGGUCGGCGACUCGGUGCCUCUGCACGUCAACAGCAUCAAGCCGAUAGCCGGGCCGCAGGACGCACGCCUGCACUCUGUCGUCUCAUUCGAAUACUACCACCCCGGGUUCGGCUUCUGCAAGCCCGAAAAAGGCCCUGAAUAUGUGUCGGAGAGCCUGGGCAGCAUCCUCUUUGGCGACCGGAUAAUGACCUCCCCCUUUCAGCUGUCAAUGAAGAAGGAGGAGACGUGCAAGGCGCUGUGUGAGGUCGAGUACCCUGAGCACUCGGUCGAGUUCCUCCGCGAGCGCAUCGACGAGGGCUACAGCCUCAAUUGGCUCGUGGACGGCCUACCCGCCGGUCAGAAGAUCGAGGACCGUCUUACAGGCACCUCCUUUUACAGCCCAGGCUUCUUCCUUGGCGCCUUUGACGAGGCCGACAACAUUGUCCUCAACAACCACUACGACAUAUUCGUCGAGUAUCACGAGGUCGGCGGUAACGCGAACCAGCUCCGCGUCGUCGGCGUCCGCGUCGAGCCCAGCUCGAAGAAGUACAGCGGCGAGGCUGACUGCAAGGAUGGCCACCCAUACCUGAUCCUGCCCGAAACUGGCGCGCAAAAGGUCAAGUACAGCUACAGCGUCUUUUGGGAAAAGUCCCCGACGGCCUGGGCUACGCGCUGGGACAAGUACCUCCACGUCUUUGACCCCAAGAUCCAUUGGUUCUGGCUUAUCGACACGGCCAUCAUCGUCGUCAUCUUGGUCAUGACCGUCAUGUCCAUCCUCAUGCGCACGCUCAAGAAGGACAUCGCACGCUACAACCGCCUGGACCAGAUCAACCUCGAGGACCUUAGCGGCACGUCUGCGCUCGAGGACGGUGUGCAGGAGGACUCCGGGUGGAAGCUCGUCCACGGCGACGUCUUCCGCAACCCGUCGCACCCGCUGCUGCUCUCCGUCCUGCUCGGUAACGGCGUCCAGAUCUUCGUCAUGACCGCCAGCACCAUCGUCUUUGCGCUGCUCGGCUUCCUGUCGCCCUCUAACCGCGGGUCCCUCGGUACCAUCAUGAUCCUGCUCUACACGAUCCUCGGCUCCGUUGGCGGCUACGUCUCCGCGCGCGUCUACAAGGCCAUGGGCGGCGAGCAGUGGAAGCUCAACAUUGGCCUGACGCCCCUCCUCGUGCCCACCAUCGUCUUUGGCACCUUCUUUCUGCUCGACCUGUUCCUCUGGGCCAAGCAGUCGUCCGGUGCCGUGCCCUUCACCACCAUGCUCGUGCUGCUUGCUAUCUGGUUCAUCAUCUCCAUCCCCCUCUCUGUUGCCGGCUCCUGGCUCGGAUUCCGCAGCGCCAAGAUUGAGGCGCCCGUCCGCACGAACCAGAUCCCGCGCCAGAUCCCCCCCUCGACCACCUACCUCAAGCCCAUCCCCAGCAUGCUUAUCGUCGGGUUGCUGCCAUUUGGCGCCAUCUUUGUCGAGCUCUACUUCAUCAUGAACUCGAUCUGGUUCAGCCGCGUCUACUACAUGUUUGGCUUCCUCUUCCUCUGCUACUCCCUGAUGGUAGUCGUCUGCGCCGCCGUGACGAUUCUCCUGACGUACUUCUUGCUUUGCUCCGAAAACUACCACUGGCAGUGGCGCUCGUUCCUGGCCGCGGGCAUGAGCGGCGGCUACAUCUUCCUCAAUUGCCUUCUCUACCUCAUCACCAAGGUGAAGCUUGGCGGGUUUGCUGGUACAGUCCUAUACGUCGGCUACAGCGCGCUCAUCUCGUUCCUCUUCUUCAUCCUGGCUGGUUCCAUUGGAUACUUUGCUAGUUGGUGGUUCGUCAUGAAAAUCUACAAAUCCAUCAAGAUCGAUUAA